AAUCAAACUAUCAAACUACAAAAAAAAUACCUCAUUUUCCAAUUUUCUUUCUUUCUUUUUUUUUUGUCCAGUAUCCAACCAUGCAUAAAGACCCUAUUCAAUUUACUCAACCGAUGAUCGGUGGCACUAAACCUACAGGUUCCGUGGACAUCAUUCCCAUCCCCACUACAAUAGCGCGUGUGCAGAACACCGGUACUAUGCCUCCUGUCGUUAGCAGCAGCGUCCCUAUAACUUCAAGAUUUGAUUAUCUCGACUCUGCUUCAGCCUUCAGGAGGAGGAGUUUGUGCUCAAUAGAUCAACCUGGUGUUGUCAUGACCAGAUUACCGCAAGAACUCGAGGAAUCUCAACACGAGUUUGGAUCCAAGCUAGUUGUUAUCAUGGUCGGAUUACCCGCACGAGGCAAGAGCUACCUGGUCAAGAAGUUACAGCGAUAUCUGACCUGGCUUCAAUACGAUACAAAGGUAUUCAACGUUGGAAACCGACGCAGAAUCGCCUCUAAAGGUGACAACAAGAAUGGAACCAGCCACUCGCAUGCGUUCUUUGAUCCUAAAAACAGCACUGCUAAGACAAUACGUGACGAAUUGGCGCUCGAAAGCUUAGAGGAGCUCAUUGCAUGGCUUAAACUGGGGGGACGUGUUGGGAUCCAUGAUGCCACAAAUUCUUCACGGGAACGAAGAAAAAUGCUUUUGAGGCGACUGGAAGCCGAACCAAAUUGCAGAGUGCUUUUCAUUGAGUCAAUAUGUACGGAUCCAGUGGUGUUGGCGCACAAUAUUACUAUGAAAUUGAGCUCACCAGAUUACAAAGGGAUGGAUGAGAAGCAGGCAAGGGAUGAUUUUAGAAAACGUCUUGAAAAUUACGAAAGAGCAUAUCAAACUCUAGACGAAGAGGAUGAAGAAGAUGGGAUUCAGUAUUGCAAAUUGAUCAAUGUCGGAAAGAAGGUCAUUGCUUAUAAUAUUCAAGGAUAUCUCGCAGGACAAUGUAUUUUCUACUUGAUGAAUUUCAACUUGUCUCCACGGUGCAUAUGGCUGACACGACACGGAGAAAGCAUUGAUAAUAUUAUGGGAAAGAUUGGUGGGGAUGCACCACUUUCACCUAGAGGAAAGAGAUAUGGCGCAUGUUUAUCACGGUUUAUCAAACAUCAGCGGCGGGAGAACGAAGUUUCAAGAAGGCUGGAAGCAGAAGCUGGUAUGGCAAUUUCAAAUCCACGUGAGAGGACUGUUGCAGUGUGGACGAGCAUGUUGACAAGAACCAAAGAGACCGUGGAAGAAUUUGAUCCCAAAGAAUAUGAUAUCAAGCAUAUGCGAUUCUUGAACGAAAUUUACGCAGGCAUUUGUGAGGGGCUAUCGUAUAACCAAAUUGAGCAGUUGUAUCCUGAAGAAUUUGAAUCGCGGCGGAUCAACAAGCUUUUCUACCGCUAUCCAGGCAUGGGAGGAGAGUCAUACUUGGAUGUUGUGCAACGCCUGAACCCAUUGAUCAUCGAGUUGGAACGAAUGACAUCAGAUUUGUUGAUUGUCACGCAUCGUGUUGUUAUGCGUAUCCUGUUGGGUUAUCUGAUGGACAUUGAUCGAUCCAAAAUGCCGGAGAUGGAGGUUCCAUUACACACACUGUAUUGCGUAGAACCAAAGCCUCAUGGUACUGUGGUUCGAAAGUUCAAAUGGGUCGAAGAGUUGGAUUGGUUUUUUGAGGAACCUACUGCAGAUAAAUAGUGAGUUUACUUGCGUAGUGAGACUGAUACUAGUAGGCAACCCUUGUUAUUAGAGAUGCGAACUGCGAAUGUAAUGAAUGAAAUAAAAAAAAGAUACAAC